CCGACCUUGAGAUUUUGAAGCGGUGCUUUAGUGUUUAACGUUACCGUCAUGGUGUUAGACUUGGAUCUUUUCAGAGUCGAUAAAGGAGGUGAUCCUGAAAUUAUUCGUUCCAAUGAGAUAAAAAGAUUCAGAGGUACCAAACGUGUCGAUUUGGUACUAGAGGCAGAUGAGAAUUGGCGGAAAGCACGUUUCAGAGCUGAUCAUUUAAAUAAAGUAAAAAACUUCUGCAGCAAAGCCAUUGCUAAAAAGAUUAAAGAAAACAAAGACAGUCCGGAUUUCGAGUCUGAUUUGUUUGAUGUCGUAUUUGAUCGCCUCGACUCACUUGUGGAAGCUGAUUUACAGUCCUUGAGCGUAGCACAGUUAAAGUCGUUGUCCUGUCUCAUUGACGAAGAAAUAAAGAGAAAUGCGUCUAUUGUAACUGAGUUCGAGUCUGUAAGACAGCAGCAAUUGUAUGAGAUUGGUAAUCUCCUACACCCAGAUGUACCGAUAAGCAACAAUGAGGAAGACAAUUUGGUUAUUCGAACUUUCGGAAAGAGCGAUUUUCGAAAACCUUUAUCUCAUGUCGAUUUAGUGACGAUGGUAGAUGGUUUUGACGGUGAACGUGGAAGUAUAGUAGCUGGAGGUCGUGGAUAUUUCCUAAAGGGCCCUCUUGUUUUCCUGGAACAAGCAAUCAUAAACUUAGCUCUACAAAUGCUAGAUGAACGUGGUUAUACGCCACUGUACACUCCAUUUUUUAUGCGCAAGGAGGUUAUGCGAGCAGUCGCUCAAUUAAGUCAAUUUGACGAAGAGUUAUACAAAGUUACCGGGCGUCGUGAACUCAAUGCCACAACCAAUCAUGAUUUGCAAGCAAAUGAAAAUGAAGAGGAAGAGAAAUAUUUGAUUGCAACAUCUGAACAACCAAUCGCUGCAUUUCAUCAAGAUGAGUGGUUACCCAUUGAUCAAUUACCGAUUAAGUAUGCAGGGAUCUCGACUUGUUUCAGACAAGAAGUUGGUAGUCAUGGUCGUGAUACUCGUGGAAUAUUUCGUGUUCAUCAGUUCGAAAAAGUUGAACAGUUUUGCAUUACUAGUCCGCACGAUAAUCUGUCAUGGGAGAUGUUUGAUCAUAUGAUUUGUAACGCUGAAGCAUUUCACCAGGCUCUGAAACUGCCUUAUCGUGUUGUUUCCAUUGUGUCGGGUGAGCUAAACAAUGCUGCAUCAAUGAAGUAUGAUUUAGAAGGUUGGUUCCCUGGGUCUGGAGCUUUUAGAGAACUUGUAUCUUGUAGUAAUUGUUUGGACUAUCAAUCUCGUCGGUUAGCAAUUCGUUUCGGUCAAACAAAAAAAAUGAAUAAAAGUGUUGAAUAUGUACAUAUGCUCAAUGCAACGAUGUGUGCAACCACUCGAGUUAUUUGUGCGAUUCUAGAGAAUUAUCAAACAGAACAUGGGAUUAUUGUACCUGAUGUUUUAAAAUCAUUUAUGCCCAAAAGUUAGUGUACUUUUUUGUUAUUAAUGAAAAUACUUUUCAGUGGGCUAUAAUCCAUUUUAAAAAAUUCAUUCUAUGCUUAUGAUUAUAUGUUAUGUAUGAUGCUUUCAUAAUGUGUUUUCUUCAAUGUUUGUAAGCUUUAAUUCGUUCAACUCAGUAACUAAACUGUCCACUUAUGUAUUAGGUUUUAAGUCGCAUUUUUUGAGUGUUGGUGUUACCGCCAGAGUACUGGAGUCGAAGUACUCUGAAAUUUUGUUUUAAAUAGUUGAAAGUUGGUUACUUAAACCAUUAACCCUCCACUUAGUGUUCAUAGUCUUAAAAUAUUAUCACUUCUUACUGAACAUUAGUAUUUUUAAUAGACUAUUAAAUACAUGGAGGUUUUCAUUCAUCCGAAUUAUUGCGAUAUUGUGUAUGUAUGAAGUGAGAUGAUGAUGUAAUUAGCCAGUUUAUGCCGUUAAUUUUAUCAAGUUGUUUCAGUCAAUAAUUAAAUAUAUCAUCUCUCCAUCAAUCAUUUUAUUGACAUUUACCCAUAUAUUCUCAUGUGUUUGUGUAUUUGGAAGUGUCUAUUAUUUACUUUCUUAUUGCUUGUAAAUGUACUCCGUCGAUAUUUCGUGAUUUACACAUAUGCGCAUAUUCGUUCUUUUAUAUAUUCUCUCCUGUUGCAUGGUUUGGUUGAUUUACGCUUGGUUGUUGAGCUGUUACGUUUUCAAUGAAGUAACUUCGAUAUGAUUUCGUAUCUGCUUUUGAACUCCUCGUGCUAAAAUAAAACUAGUUAUUACUUCCGGUUUUAUAACCAGAUUCGUAUAACACUGAUUAACUAGUGAUGAGCCAACUCAUGAACUUGUCACAGCCUACGACGAAACCGCCUACAAAAUAAUUUGUUUGUCACUAAUUUGCAAUUAUACCUACUCACCAUCAGGGUGGAUCACUAUCUGUAUUUAAUUAGUGUAUUAUUACAUAUUUUGUUUCAUAAACUGUGACAAUAUAUCAUUAUUAACUAUCGUAACAAUCGCAUGAAAUCAUUACUUAUUACACAAUAAACAUAAUAGUAACCUUCCUCUCAUUCUCAAACCAUAUAUUCCCUCGUAUAACAAUUUUGUUCUCCUCUUUAGUCCGUCGACUUUGUCAUUUAAAGUCACGUUACGUACAUGGUGGAUCGUUUAAUAUAAUCUUUUGUGUGUUCUAUCGAAUAUGCUUGCUAGCUUGUCAGUGUCGCUGUCACUGAAAUUUAGAGUCUGCUGUACAAUUUGCGGCAAUUCACAUAACCAUAAUCUAUCGAAUAAACUACCAUCUACUUUCGUACUUCCCAGCAAACUUCACUUGCGAUUACUUUGCUAUGAUGACUUUCUGCCUCCUAUUCGUACCUGGAUAAUUAGUUGGUCGAUAACGUCUUGGAUACCGCUCUUAAGACUGUCUGUUUCAACGUCAAUACGCCUUAGACGAAUAUCUACACUAGAUUCGCUCCCAGUGUUUAUGCUACAGGAAUUCAACACGACUCAGAUCAUGAACACGUGAUUAACCUGACUAGAACGUAAAUAUGUUUCCACACCAAAAAUCGUCAACAACCCGACACAAUCCAACAACAAUCAACAAUAAUAAGGAUAUGAGAAUAUAUAACUCAUUUAACGCCUGUCAGAAUAUCUACAAUUCUGACUAAGCAAACAACCAAUCAUUAUCAUUCUCGCCCACACAUCAGUAAGUGUGGACUAGUGAUAUAACUCGUCUUUUUGUCAAGCUUCACGAUUGUGCAUAAAAUAGUACUCAAGCCUAGCGAACCAGAGUUGUGAUUCUGCUACUCUAAAAAUAGAAAUUGUAAGACUAUUAGUACGCGUAAAACAGUAUUGUAAGAAUUGUAAAAGUCUAGCUACAGACUUGAUAAAAGGUGGCAAGUAAUGUACAAUUAAUUAGGUGUGACAUAAAAAAGCAGAUAAAUUAAUCUUAGUAAUAAUAAUGAUAAAUAACACAAUAAUAUGAAAUAAAGCACAUCCCCUGAAUAUGCACCAAUUGAUUCGAAACUUAGUGAUUUAAUAGUACCUUGCCUGUUGGGUAAUAGGUGUCGAUCCAGGAUCGACCUCGUUUAGAAUCCCUAAUGCUCACUACUGACAAGUGUUAAACUUAAGUAAAACAACUAUCCAGUGCUUCUCAAGUUACUGUCUGUUCACGAUAAAAAAUUACUUUCAAAUCGAAAUCUAAAUUAUGUAUGUAGAGUAGGCUGCUCAUUAUAGCACGCUAUGGCAUUUCCGUACUUGUUUGUGACCAGUAAAUCUUACUAAUGCUACUGAAUACUGCAUACUAAUCAUACAAUGAAUCUCAUUGGGUAUAGUUGAUUGUCUGAUAAUCUAAUUCAUGCAUUGCAGUAUUUCUUCUAGGUCACUGUCCGUCGGUAUCGUCGUCCGAACAAUCGUUUUUGUCUGUAUAAUUCAAUGUUCAAACUUUUUUGCCAAUAAACUGCUUAAGCAAUAAAACUGAAUGAUAGAAUGUUUUUAAGAAACUUAGAAUUACGAAUUUCUAGACAAACCAUUAAUACAACUUUUCACUUUUGUAUUUCACCCAUUGAAGCUGCAAUACUCGUUAUCUGGUGUCUAUACUUGGCUAAAUGCGCUAUAAGGCAUAUUAUUCGUUUAUUGUUAGCGUUGUAUUUCUUUUCAGAUCAGAACAUCUUAGUUAAUAUUCUUAUACGUGUAUAUUGUAAAUACUUCUUUUCUUUAAGUAAUGUUGAUUUACUGACAGUUUUAAUUAUUGUAAAUUAAUUAUUUUUUGUUUUAUUCAUAUGAUCUAUUCGCAUACUUUUUAUUUAACUUAUCGUAUUAGAAUAUCAGAAAUUUAUACCGUUCAAAGGACAUGAAGAUAAAAUACCUGUCAGCAUUAAUGAUGUGCCAGAGACAAUCCACAAUUCACCCAAUACAAAAUUUCACGAUGAAACAUCGUUCAAUGAGCUAAAUGAGAAAAUAAGUAAUUUAACUGGUGUCACAGAAUCUGGUCUCGUCAGUGCUAUUUCUCAAAUAUCUGAAGUUCAAAAACGAAUUGAAGACACGUUAAAUACACUAAGUCUAGUCACCACAAAUAAUCACGUUGAAAAAGAUGUCCGUGACAAAAAAUGUGCUAUUGUUCAUCCUGUAGAAGAUAAAAAUGACCCUGAAGUUGAAAAUAAGGAUACAAUUGAUAAUGAGUCUUUGAGUUUACAGUCAACUACUCCAGAACCAACUGAUUCUAAGAAGAAGCGGAAGAAAAAACCAAAAAAGAAACAAUCGAAUUAGAAUUUUAUUUUACUGUGGUGCUCAGUUAAUAUUGCAUAUUAAUCAUUUGUUGUAUUGACUUACACUUGCAUAUGAAUAUAAAUUUUGACUGUGGUGUUAUUUAAACAUGAAAAUUACAUUAAUAAUCGGAUCCAUGGUUUGCGAAAGGUAUUUUCAGUCAUAUAUGUCAGCUAGCCACGUUUAUUAUUGCGUUAAAGUUUUAAAUUAGAUUUCUGUUAUCAAGAUAUUUAUGCAUAUAUUACUUCUGAAGUCUGGAAAUAUUAGGAUCCAUUUUUUACGUUAUAAUUGAAGCACAAAUUGAAUUUGGAUAAAGUUAUAUUUCAAGCCGAAAUAUUGAAUACUCUUAACUCAGUUUGAUUCAUGUCCCUGUAAUAGUUGGUUUAGUAUAAUCCAAGGUGCUAUUUGAAGAAACCUAUGAAUCGCAACAGUGCACGGUAGUUUUGAUCUAUAUCAUAGUUUUGAUAUACUACCUAGAAAUAAUUCGAGGCGAAUCACUUACUGGUCCUGGAAUCUGACUCCAGUUAGAUCGUUUGUUAUUGAAAUAUACAUGUCG